AUGGAAUCGCGCUCCAGAAUCACCACAAGUGGUGCGAGUCAUCGCAUGAACCGACCAAAUUGUCCCUGCGAAGAUUGCCAAAUCCAGUUCGAAUACGAGAUCCAGACUCUUACGCCAGCUUCGGAGUUCACCCGCACGCUCAAUGACGACGAAGUUCGCUCUCUGCUGUCCGGUUUCAUCAACGACGCCAUUAUUGCCAGAGCCUCCUUAAAGAAUACGCUGGAGAAUCAUGGGGACACUAUCAUGUCGCGGUGGAAGAAGAUGAGCCAAGUCAAGCGCCGGGCAGUUCUCGAACAAAUCCAGCCCCCCAUUGCAAACGAGACAGCAGUGGACAUGCAAUGCCUGUAUAAUUCGUCCGUCACUCACUUGGGCAACAGAGAUAGCGUCAUGCGGAAGCAGUUUUUAUUGCCGUGGUUAAGUAUUAACCGGCUUACGUCCAGCGUAUCCGCAUUGUUUGCCUUGCUACACGUUCGAACCGAGUACCAUCCGCACGAGUGGGCAUCUUUUGACGCGGAUCAGCUAAGUCAGCCCUGGAAACAUGAAUACCUCAAACUCGAACACUCAGACAAAUCUAUAUCCAUGGAGGAAGCAUGUUAUGGGUCAAUUGUGCAGCGUGACCAUGAUGUCGUCUCCCGCAACAUUCUCGACUUUCCUCAAGCAUCUUCGGUCCUGGAGGCGCAGGCACAUUUGAUGACUUUACUUUGCAAAAUUGUUGGCGGCAUACUCCAUACAAAUCGAAGAGGCGUCCUUCACAGAAACAGCCGAGACAAAGCCCGAACCAAGCCCGAACCAAGCCCUUUCGUGCAUUUUGGCAGUUCCAGCUCCAACAGUUGCAAACCAGUCAUUGAAGUGGCGACUGCUUCGGACAAAAUCAAGACUAGGAGCACUGAACGAGCUGGGUCGGAACCUGCCACGGAAGAUAACAGCACCACAGAGAAGCCGAUUGUCAAAAAGAGAGCAGUUCCAAAACAUUAUCUUGAGAUAUUCCAUCUUAUGUUCCCCAUGUCAUCUGAAGAAAGAUGUAGAACGAUCAAGUGGGAUGAGUUCGUGCAUUCCAUGAACCACGCCGGCUUUAUAGUAAGCAGCUGCGGCGGUUCGGCAGUCCGGUUCGAAUUGCAUGGCUCACCAGACGACCAAGGCACCACGAUCAGCAAAACCAUUAUAUUCCACCGCCCUCACCCAGUUCCAAAGGUUGAUCCUAUUAUGCUACGUUCCGAGAUUGGCCGCCGGUUGACCCGGCGAUUUGGGUGGACGAGAGAGCAUUUUGUCCUGGCUGGUGUAGACCAAACUCCAUGA